GUUUUCCGGAUGUCACCGCAGAGUGUAAACACGCAUUCGUUCCACUGCAGCAGGGAGGACGCACCACCGCAGACUUUGCCGUAUUAUUCUGAAUUUAUCCGUUUAAAAGACCGGACGACAAAACAAACAAACAAACAAACAAAAAAAAAAACACACAACAAGGUCAUUUGGUGGGGAGGACGACGGGACGGGACUCGGGACGUACAUCCCCGAAUCGCAGCUCCGAGCCACCGAGCGACCAUGGCAGCGGCGACCGUCGCCGAGGCUGAGAAGCCGGCGACGGCGACGGCGGCGGCGGCGGCGGCGAGCGAAGGCUCAGUCGUCGCCGACGUCUCCGGCUUCCACGCGCCGGCCUGGGACGAGUCUCAGCUGCGGAGGUAUACGUUCGCCACCAAGGCCGUCCCCAGGCUGUCGCACACGGACCCCAGAGCCGAGAUGCUCAUCGACAACGAGGAGCCGGUGGUUUUAACGGACACAAAUCUGGUGUACCCUGCGCUGAAAUGGGACGUGGCGUACCUCCAAGAGAACAUCGGCAACGGCGACUUCUCUGUCUACAUCGCGGAAAACCACAAGUUCCUUUACUACGACGAGAAGAAAAUGGCCAACGUGGAGAACUUUGUCCCCAAGUCCCGACGGCUCGAGAUGAAAUUCUCCGAGUUUGUGGAGAAGAUGCAGCAAGUGCAGCAAAUGGGAGGGGAGGAGCGGGUGUACCUGCAGCAGACGCUCAACGACACGGUCGGAAAGAAAAUCGUCGUCGACUUCCUCGGUUUCAACUGGAACUGGAUCAACAAGCAGCAGGCCAAGAGGAACUGGGGCCAGCUGACAUCCAACCUGCUGCUCAUAGGCAUGGAGGGCAACGUGACGCCGGCGCAUUACGACGAGCAGCAGAACUUCUUUGCCCAAAUCAAAGGCCACAAGAGAUGCAUCCUCUUCCCUCCAGACCAGUUUGAGCGUCUCUAUCCUUACCCCGUACACCACCCCUGUGACAGGCAGAGUCAAGUUGAUUUUGACAACCCCGACUACAAGAGGUUCCCCGCUUUUCAGAAUGUAGUUGGCUACGAGGCGGUGGUGGGCCCAGGAGACGUCCUCUACAUCCCCAUGUAUUGGUGGCAUCACAUAGAAUCACUGCUGAGCGGAGGAGUGACAAUCACAGUCAACUUUUGGUACAAAGGGGCGCCCACGCCCAAGAGGAUAGAAUACCCGCUGCGAGCCCACCAGAAGGUGGCCAUCAUGAGGAACAUCGAGAAGAUGCUGGGAGAAGCGCUCGGCGACCCUCGACAAGUGGGACCGUUGCUGAAAACCAUGAUCACGGGCCGAUACGAAGACCCCAACGAGGAGGCGGCCCCUUGAAAGCGCGGCGUCGUGACUUUUGGACUAUGUCGCUGCAUGGCAAUGAGCAGCCGUCUUCUCCGAGUGCCAUCG